AUGAUGAGCUCUCGUGACGGCUUCCAGUGGACUCCCGAGACGGGCCUCGUUCAAGGCGUCCCGUCGAUUGGAGUGAUUUCUCCCUCAACCAAUGUCACCACUAACCAGUCAUGGGAUGUAAUCGUGGUGGGAGGAGGAUAUUCCGGUCUUACAUCCUUGCGUGAUGCUACUGUUGCAGGACUUCGGGUCCUUUUAGUGGAAGCCCGGGAUCGUAUUGGAGGGCGCUCUUGGUCUUCCAACAUCGAGGGAUACCCCUUUGAGAUGGGCGGCACAUGGGUUCAUAUGUUUCAGCCCCAUGUGUGGAGAGAAAUCUCUCGCUAUCAGAUGAGAAACGAACUCGAGUCGUCCUUCGAUUUCUCUCAUGGAGUGAAUCACUUCCAACUGCGAUCCAGCCAGGGCGAGAGCAUCAUGAGCCACGAUGAAGAGGAUGCUCUACUAGCUGGGGCACUUGCGAAGUUCGUCAACGUGGAUGGCCAGUUGGGCCGCAAGAUCAUGCCCCUUUCGCACGACACCUUCCACAUCCCGGAAGCGCGUAAAUACGACAACAUGUCCGCGCAAGACCGUCUGGAUGAGAUUUCCCUGUCUCUCACCCCGAACGAAAGGGUAGCCCUGGAAAGCUUCAUCCUUCUCUGCAGCUGUGGAACGUUGCAGACAACCAGUUUUCUGGAAUUUCUUCACUGGUGGGCCUUGUGCGGAUAUACGUAUCAAGGGUGUCUGGACUGUCUGAUCACAUACAAAUUCAAGGGCGGACAAUCCAGCUUUGCCAUCAAAUUUUUCAAGGAAGCUCUGUCUACCGGGAGACUAUCCUACGUCUUUAACAGUCCCGUCAGCUCUAUACACGAUAAUGGGAAGAAGGUUACCUUAACUACCCGCGAUGGCCGCCAGUACAGCGCGCCCCGCCUGAUCUCGACCGUCCCGUUGAAUGUUCUCAACACUAUCAAGUUUGAGCCUCCUCUCGAUCCCCAGCGUGUGGCAGCCAUGAACAUCGGCCACGUCAACCAGUGCGUGAAAGUACACGCGGAAAUCUCAAGCAAAGGUAUGCGGUCGUGGACGGGUAUUUCCUAUCCGUUCAACAAACUCGCCUAUGCGAUUGGGGACGGUACGACGCCGCAGGGUAACACUCACGUUGUCUGUUUCGGCGGAAAUUUCAAUCAUAUCCAACCAGAAGAAGACGUGGCUGCGACAAAGAAGGCCGUGGACAACUUGUCUCCCGGAAACAUGGACAUUAAGCGUCUCGUCUUCCACAACUGGUCCAGGGAUGAGUUCGCCAAGGGAGCAUGGUUCUUCUCGCCUCCGCAACUUUUGUCUACGUCGUUGGAGGCGCUUCGGGCACGCCACGGGAAUGUGCUUUUCGCUAACUCUGACUGGGCUGUCGGCUGGCGUAGCUUCAUUGAUGGUGCAAUUGAGGAGGGGACGCGGGCCGCUAUGACGGUGAAGGAGGAGCUGGGACCGAGAACGACAUUCCGGUCUAAUCUGUAA